CAAUCAUUUGCUCCGUAAAGAGCGCUUCGCCGAGAACUUUCUAGCUUCUCGGCCUGGGGGCUUCUGGGAGAGCUGGAAGCCCGCGUGGCCUUCGCACCGAGUGCUUGGGAGAGGCGGCCACGCAGUUCCCGGCUGUGCGGCUGACGCGAGUUCUUCAGACCCUUGUGAGUGGGAGCGUGGGGUCGGUCCCCCAGCUGGAGAAGGUCGUGAGCAGUGGCGAUGGCACUGGCAGUGCUGCGUGACUGGUGCAGGUGGAUGGGCGCGAAUGAGCAGCGCUCGCUGCUCAUCCUGGGCAUUCCCGACGACUGUGAGGACCAGGAAUUCCAGGAGGCCGUGCAGGCUGCCCUCCACCCCCUGGGCAGAUACCGAGUGCUGGGCACGGUGUUCAGAAAGGAGUUGAGAUCCAAGGUCGCCUUGGUGGAGAUGGCUCAGUAUUUAAACCGAAGUGUGAUCCCCCGACAAAUACCAGGCAUGGGAGGACCCUGGACUGUGGUCUUCCUGCCCCAGGCCCCGGAAUCAGAGUCAGAGGAUACACUCAAUUUCCUUGCACAGACCCGGAGGCAAGCAGGGGUUGCCCUGGCAGGCGAGGCAGGAGCUGGGGAUGGGGCAGGAGCUGGAGGCAAGGCAGCUUCUGGAGGCAAGGAAGGGGCUGGAGGCGGGGCAGCAGCUGGAGGCGGGGCAGCAGCUGGAGGUGAGGAAGGAGAUGGAGGCGGGGCAGCGUCUGGAGGCGGGGCAGCAGCUGGAGGUGAGGAAGGAGGCCAGGCAGAAGCUGGAGGCCAGGCAGGAGGUGAGGCAGGAGCUGGAGGUGAGGAAGUGACUGGAGGCGAGGCAGCGGCUGGAGGCAGGGCAGGAGCUGGAGGCGAGGAAGGAGCUGGAGGCGGGGCAGCCGCUGUGGGCCAGGCAGGGCCUGAAGAGGAAGCAGGAGAGUCAGAUGAGGAGGGAGCCGCUGGGGACGCAGGAAUUGCAGGUUUGUUAGGAUCUGUGAGUGUGGCAGGAGCUGCAGGUGAGGCGGGACCUCCAGGUGAGGAAGGAGCUGUGGGUGUGGCAGGAGCCUUAGGUGCGGGAAGAUCCCAGACCCAGCCUUGGAGCCCGGCCUGGCAGCCUGUGCUGGAAAACAGGGCCUCUAUGAAACUGAGAACCUUUCCUGGAGUGGAAGAGCCACACCGAGAAGAAGAGUCCUUUGAGAGCUGGCUGGAUCACGCCAGCGGCAUGCUGUACCUGUGGUGCCACAUCACAGAAAGGGAGAGGAGGAGGCGGCUGAUGGAGAGCUUGGGUGGCCCCGCACUGGAUCUCGUGUGCGGCCUCCUGGCAGAAGACCCUGACGUCCCUGCACAGGAUUGCCUGGCCGCGCUGGUCCAGGUGUUUGGGAGGAAGGACACCCCCACGACCGCACGGCUGAAGUUCCUGACCUGUGGCCAGCGGCUCCAGGAGACUCUCUUCGUCUAUGUGAUUCGCCUGGAAGGCCUGCUGCAGUCGGCCGUGGAGAAGGGGGCCAUCCCUCCCAGCCUUGCGGACCAGUUACGCGCCCAGCAGGUGCUGAUGCGGGCCCGCCCCAACGAGAUGCUCGAGGACAAGCUGAGGAGGAUGCGGCUGGACAGGAGACCGCCUGGCUUCCUGGGGAUGCUGCGGCUCGUUCAGGAGACCGAGGCAUGGGAGGCCACCGCAGCUAGGAGCGAGCACUGGCAAGUGGAAGAGGGGGCCCGUGUGGGCACCGGAGGCCUGGCCGCUGCCCGGGCCAGUGGAGAGGUUGCCGAAGCCUCCCCAGCCAGGGAGGAUGCUUCCCAGGCUGCCCUGGCCAACCUAGGGGCCAGUGAGGCCGUUCCUGGCAGUGCCGAAGCUGAUACGGCCGCUCCUGAAGCCCGUGAUGCCGCCAGGGCAGCCCUCGUCCCUGAGGAGGCCCCCAAGAUCUUCCCUGCCACGCAGGAAGAUGAAAAUGCUCCCGCCUCUGCGGGCCUAGAUCAGGCAAGGCCCUCAGAGGCCCCUGGGGGCCCCACCCCUGCCCAGAUGGGCAGCGCUUCCAGGGAGGGCCCGGGAGGUCCUGGCUGUGAGCCGGAGGGCCUCGCCCAGGCAGGAGACCAGGAGGCUGGGGAGCCCCUGGAGGAGGGGCCCAAGCCCAUCCCAGAGGAGUCGGGAAACGAGGACGGGGCUGGGGAGGUGAGGCCCCCCAAGUCCUCCUGGGGCAAAUAGGCCCAGAAGGCCCAGAGGCCCCCUCUCCUCUCAGGCAGCAGCGCUCUGGAGGCAGGGGGAGGCCACGCCAGGGCAGCAGCCUCUCCCCACAUGGAGGCAACAACCCACCCAGCCCAAAUUUCCAGGACCCCAUCUUUCCAAGGCACCCUGGCCACCACCAUCAGCCCUUCCAACGGACCAGGACGACCAUACUUGAUGCAGAGUGGGGCAGGGAGAGGUGCCCCCUCCCAUGGCAGCUCCGCCCCAGCCCCAGCCCCAGCCCCAGCCCCAGCCCCAGCCCGAAACCCUGCCAGUCCAGGCAGCCAGCCUGGGAAGCACCCCUGAGUGGCUGGCCCUAGCCUAGGUGAGGGGCACCUGAAAAUAUGUGCCACCCACACUGGCCUGGGAGAUGUUAGGGGCCGUCUCAAGGGUGCCGGCCCCUCGGGCCGCCCAAGAGGGGGACCCUCAUGCACUGACCCGUGGAGCACGUCACUCCACGCUCUGAGAAGCCCACUUGUGCCUCUGUAGGCCCCUUACUGACCCCCCGUGUCGAGUGGCACCCCCAGCUCCCCCUACACGCACCCUAGUUACCAUUCCCGUGCAGAGCCCUGAGGUGUGCAGGAGCCCGCGGCGGGUGUCCUGGCCUGACGCAGCAGCCACCUCUCAGCCCCCCCGGUGUGUGGCCCGAGCUUCAGUGCGAGCCCGGGCUCUGCUCGCUGUCGUGCGGUGUCGUGAGCUCAGCCCCUGCUUCCUCGCUGUAGGUUUAGGCCAACUGCUGCUUGUUCUUGUGGAGAUGUGUGUGUGUUCUUAUCUGAGCAGCCGCCCCCACCCCGCCCCGGAGACCUGUCGAAGCCCAGUCCCAGGAGAUGGCGGGAAGGACAGAAGAAGGCAUGGCUGGUGCUGACCCCGCGACCUCAGGAAGGAGGCACUGGACCAAGGACAGAGGUGGCCUGCGGGAGUCUCCGUGGAAACCGUGCUGUGAUGUGCCACUCUCUUGUUACUUGUGACUGAGUUUCUUUGGCUUGUCCGAGUGCCCCAUGCUGCGUUUUGCAGCGUCCUGUGACUGUCCUGUGCAGGCCAUAGGGCUGGGCCAGGCCCCAGCAUGUCGGCCAGAGGGGAGAGUGCCCUGGAGCGAGGGGCCAUGGCCAGCGUCCAUCAUCCUGGCCAGAGGCCGAUCGUGGGGCCCUCAGGAAGGGAGGCUAUGGCGGGGGGGGCCACAGUGUUGGGGGGAACAGGGGCACCUCAUUUGGGACCCCAAGAGGAGGGGGGCUGUGACCUGUGGGCUGUAGCGGCUGUUCGGCGUUCCUCUCCGUGUUGUCACUCCUUCUCUUCAAUGGUUUCAGCAAAUGUUUCUGUUCAAUAAAGUUCAUUGAAUGUU